UUCGUCUAUUUUGUUUUAUGGAAUGAACACAUGCAUUUCAUUUAAAACAUAGGUUCAAACUCCACAGGACGGACCAGCAAAAGUGCAUUAAUAAGAGGCCUCUAGCAUUCAUCAGGAGUCCAAUAUGAAACCGUGGCCUUCAAAACGCGUUCCGUUCUUCCCUGCUUGUCUAACCGCACUGACGCCAAAAAGAUGCUACUUGGCCUUUGACGCACCACGUAACUUGCCUUCUUUCUCAUCAUCCUCUUCUGUUUCCCCCAAUCUCAAUUUCAAUCUCAAUCUCGCUACUCUGCUGCAGGGUCACAUUCCACAUUAUCAUCUCCUGCAAAUCCAUGCUCAUAUCUAUCGCCUUGGCGCCCAUCAAGAUAGUUUGAUAGCCACUCGUCUUAUUGGCCACUACUCUUCUCGAUAUGCAAUUCGAGUAUUACUUUAUCAGCUUCAAAACCCCGAUAUCUUCCCCUUUAAUGCUGCUAUCAGAGUCUUGGCGAGAGAGGGUCUACUCUCUGAUUGCUUUUCUCUCUUGAAUACCUUAAAACAAAGGUCUCUUUCGCCUAAUGACUUCACCUUUUCAUUCCUAUUAAAAUCCUGCUCUGGUAACUCCCAGUGUGUCAAACAAAUUCAUACCCAUAUCGUUCAAUUGGGUUUCGUGACUAAUUCUUCUGUUUGUAAUGGGCUCCUCGCUGUUUAUGCUAGAGGUCUCAAAGAUAUGGUGUCUGCCCGCAACUUGUUUGAUGAAAUGCCAGAGAAAAGUACGGUUUGUAGCUGGACUUCUUUGAUUGCAGGUUACGCUCAAUCAGGUCAGACUGAGAGAGUUUUACAGCUUUUCUGUUCAAUGGUAGAUGCAAAAUUGCUUCCAGAAGAUGACACGAUGGUUAAUGUUUUGUCUGCAUGCUCGAAGCUUAAAGUUAUCCAAAUUAAGGAAUGGGUAACAAUUCUCUCAAGAUUGACUGGUAAUGAUGAUUUUAAGAUUAUUAGUGGCGAUUUCGUGAAUACUGUUCUUGUUUAUUUGUGUGGUAAAUGGGGAAGGAUUGAUAAAAGUAGGGAAAUAUUUGAUGAUAUUAGCGCAAACGGAAAAAGAAGUGUGCUUCCCUGGAAUUCUUUGAUAAAUGCAUAUGUACAAAAUGGCUACCCCAUGGAGGCUUUGAGUCUUUUUCGGACGAUGAUGGAGAAUCCCCAUUCUCGACCAAACCAUGUUACAAUGGUUAGCGUGAUCUCAGCUUGUGCUCAAAUUGGUGAUUUAGAGCUUGGAAGCUGGGUUCAUGAGUAUAUGAAAGAUAGAGGAAGUAAAGGUAUUCUAGAAUCUAACACAUUUCUAGCUACCGCAUUGAUUGACAUGUAUUGUAAGUGUGGAAGUUUGGACAGAGCGAAGGAGGUUUUCGACAGGGUAGUUUCUAGAGAUGUAGUCUUGUUCAAUGCGAUGGCAAUGGGUCUUGCAACGAAUGGCGAAGGAGAGGAAGCCCUUAGGCUUUUCUCCAAAAUGGACCAGUUUGGUUUGUGUCCCAAUGCUGGAACGUUUCUUGCUCUUUUAUCUGCAUGCAACCACUCAGGGUUGAUAGAUGAAGGACGACAGAUAUUCCAAGACAUGACAUCCUUCUUUUGCAUUGCUCCUAGUUUGGAACAUUAUGCAUGUUAUAUUGAUCUUCUUGCAAGAGUAGGUCAUGUUGAAGAAGCUUUUGAGGUUGCUUCCUCCAUGCCUUUCGAGCCUAACAAUUUUGUAUGGGGUGCGUUGCUUGGGGGCUGCCUACUUCACUCAAGAGUUGAAUUGGCUGAAAGUAUCUACCGCAGGCUAAAAGAAGUGGACCCAGAAAAUUCUGCAAGCUAUGUGAUGCUAUCCAAUGUAUUUGCAGUUGAUCGUAGAUGGAGUGAUGUCUCCGCACUACGGUGGUUUAUGAGAGAAAGAGGGGUCAAGAAGCAGCCUGGUCAUAGUUGGAUCAGCAUCAACGGAGUUGUCCAUGAAUUCCAAGUGGGUUCUGCAUCGCAUCCUCAUAUUCACGCCAUAUAUGAGACAUUGAAUGGAUUGGUAAAGGAAAUGAAGGUACCAAGUCUUAGGUGGUAGUGAGAGAGCCAUUUAUGUAUUGCUCUGCAGACCAAGUCUGUAAAAUAGUAAUGCACCAAGGAUAAGUUGAAUAAAAAUCAAAAUAUUUAUCUGUCGCUAAACCUAGAAAAUUCCGGACCCUGAUGUUGGACCUAUGGUCCUAUAUGUCUAAUUUUGAUGAUAUUAAAUCAUUUAUAAAUGAUAAUGAA